UGAUUGUUCUCGCGAGAACAAUCAGUCAUAGGCCGCAUUAUUCCCCCCAUUCAUCUGCCUUUCUCUUCUUCGCUCGUGACUUUUCAACGUGCUUGUCACUUUUUCUUCAUCCUCUCACUGACGUUUUUGGGGUUCUUUUCUUUGUCAUUCCAAGCAAUCGUCUCUUUCUUACAACUCGCAGUCUUCAAACUCCUCACUCUUUGUCCUUCGCUUUCUCAGCCAUUCCCAAUCGCCACUCGUAAUCAGAUUGCUCUCGUCGUCAUUCCUUCGAUUCACUACCAUCUCGAUAUCAUCAACUCCACAGAACGGUCCACAUGACACACACGAGCCACAUCACGACAUCCAACUUUUCAUGACUGAACAUCGGCGUUGUCGCUUCCAUAUAUUUGCUCGAUUCUUCCUCAUCGACCACGACUAAUUACACCUUCAACACUACAAAACAUGGACACUUCCGCUUCUCCUCGUCCCCCUCCCUACACUGCUUCCCGAGCACCGGCCCACGAGGACUGGGAGGACUGGGAAGAUGAUGAACCCAUCACUCCCAUCGAUGCCGGUGAGCAGGUCUUGAUCGGCGCCCCUCCUCCCCCCAUGGCUGCUACACGAACGACAAAGCCCGCGGGACCGCGAGUCUCACGAGCAUCUGUUAUCAAAAUGAAGCGGGUCAAGUCGAAACAUCGGCAAAAGGCCCAAAAUGCCAGGGCCGGAAUCAAACUGAUCACCGACAUGACGGCAUUUCGGCGUCAAACCCGGCUUUUACGCACCCCAGACGGCCGACCCGUCAAGUUCGUGGACGCUGCUGCCUUGAAGGCUCUUGAAGGAGAACCUUCAUCGGCCUCGGUGGGAAACUGGGGCUGGCUGAAGAAAAAUAAGAUCCACAGCCCAGCUACGGCCUCGCCUCAGCAGCCAGCUCUGAGUCCCGAUCAUGAACUGUCGCCCGAGGACCGGCCUAUUGUCAUUGGAAUCUCUCUUCCAUCUGAUGGGAUGAGUGACCGCGAGAUGAGCGAUCGAGACAUGUCACCCCAGACAGCUACGACUCUACACACACCUCAUGAUCUCCAACAAAGACUGAACGCCUUCCCCAACCCUCCUUCCUCGGCGCCCUUUCAACCAACUGGAGCCUCGACACAACAACAACAACAAUCCGUGUGGUCACCAGACACCCCCACCCCCGACACAGCUUCCUCGUUUAGCCCUGCACGCUACACAUCCAGCAUCUACUCUCGCGCCCCAUCUAUCAUUGCUGGACCUGCGCGCUCCGAUGCCGUCCCGCCGGUUCCAGCUGUACCAGCCAAUUUCAGGAAGACACCCCAUCAAAGACUCAUUAGUCUUGAAGCUGGAGAAAACGGUGCAGAGGAGAGUGAAUCUGGUACCCCCUGCACCCUCUUUGAAGAGGACGGUACCCCGAGCCCCCAGAAGCAGGUCAAGGGAAAAACACCUGCGUUUACUCCCGAUAGCGCCGGAUCCAAAUCUCAUGGGUGGUGGGAUCAUGUAGUCACCCCCUUCAUGGAUAAAAGACUCAGCUUUGCCUCACGGAGAAAGAUGGAGUCACCAAGGGACGGCCAAGGCGAGUGGUGGAAUGGUUCCGAACCCAAAACGGCUCAAAGCAAUCAAUUCAGCCAAUACCUUACCCCGACGUUGGCACCCGCCUCGUUUCAAACACCUAUCGUCAGAGCACCUACACCACGCCGGACGCCAUCCCCACGGCCCGAAACUACCUCGGCCGCGGAAUCUGGCCCCUCGACUGCGGCCUCUUCUCCGGCUCCUGUCGAAACAUUUCCCGUUACGGAGAAGCCGCGGAUUAUUAUCACAGAGGAGGUCCAUGUUGAGCAGCCGCCUCCAUACUCCCCCCCUCAAAAGCAAGACGGUACCGUCCAGGUGAGAUACAGGGCUGUGUUCCCUCCCAACCACCCUCUCAACGCUCAGUUCCCGCCAUCUCCUGGCCCAGCUUCACCCGGCCUUUCGGCGACUAUGACAUCGCAGGGUGCUACUCAAAUGACCGAGAUCCCCCUCUCUCCAGGACCCCACGGAAACACGCCACUCUCGCAGCCUGCUCUUCCCACCCGUCAAUUGGGAACCUUUGUGCCGCAGGAGCAUUCGGAAGAGACCUCAGGCCAAAUGACGAGAAGUGAACGGCAGCGACGCCGCCACGAGAAAGAAGAAGUGAUUGCCAGGAAGGCUGGUGGCUUCUGGAGGGGCAGAGGGUGUAUCCCCAAAAGUGGUUGCUUUGGCCGAACCGGCCGAGAAGGACGACAGCGAAGACGAGUCUGGAUGAUUGUCCUGGGCAUCAUCCUCUGUAUCAUCAUUCUUACGGUCACGCUGGCUGUCGUUUUGACACGCCCGCAUCACUCCGAAGAGAUCCCAUCGAUCUGGGUGAACUUGACCGACUUCCCGCCCAUGCCCACCGGAGUUUUGACAGUCGUCGGCCCGGACAAUACUGUCGCUAAGGAUGGCUGUACCGAGCCCUCGACCAUGUGGAGCUGUUACCUGCCCAAAGAGCAACACGACUCGGGCUCUCCAUACAAUGCAGACCAGCCAACGGUCAUCAUGCAGAUCCAAUGGGAUAACGGUACGAGAAACAGCUGGAAUGUCUCCAACGGGGAUGCCCCAACGCCUAUUCCUCGGAGAAGUAUUGGAGGCGCUUCGCACGCGAGCAGUGUGAUUCGGGAGCGAGCCCUCAAGUUCAACCCUAGUCCUGACGCGCCGGACUACCAGGAGAUGUUCUUCUUGGGAAACACUACUGACGACAUCCAGUCGGAUGAGAAAGGGGGCGAACCGACCCCAUUCUACAUUAGCCUGCUGGACUCUCUCGAUAGUGUCGAUUCCGAGGAGCUGAGCAAGAGAGCCACGUCGGACGUCAACAUUAGCAUUCCCGAUGUCCUGCCAUCCCCGGAUCUUAACACAGAUGGCACUCCCAAAGCCGCCGUUCUGCUUCCGACGCCUGUCCAGCAGCCGGUGAGGCUCUAUGACCGCGGGCUCCCCACGGAGCACUACGGGUUCUACACGUAUUUCAAGCGGACCAUCUACCUGAAAUCGGUGACGGUCCUUAACGAUACUGGCGACACCGACGUUCCCCUGGACAAGGAUGGAGGCUGCCGCGAAAGCGAGGCCGACUUUCUGACGACGUGGAGCCAGACGCGAGUUCUUGUUCAGAUCUGGACCCAGACACUCGACGCCAACUCAUCAACGCUGCUCUCGUCUAACGGGCAGAGCAGCAUCAACGGGACAGAUCUGAUCCGACCAGGCACGAUGCCAUACCCGGUGACGGUGACUACGGACACGCACGGUGGAGACCCCACGGAAAAGUUUGUUUGGGCGUGGCCGAUCAACGACCGUCAACAGCUGGACGUGGAGAAUCCUAAGUUGUUGGCCAACAACAUUGGAGUCGGUGGCACGUGGAUCAACAAGCGAUCCCGUGGGGAUGAAAAGUAUGGAGGGUUUGACGGUGGCACGGGAGGAUGUCAAUGCCAGUGGGUGAACUGGGUAGAACAAUCAUCAUGAGAUGGAGGAGGUGGAAUUGCAUGCAUUGGCUUGGGCGUUUAGGCACAUGGGCAUUUGGGCAUUUUAGCUCGCAAAAGAGCAGGAUUAUGGUAUUUCGACAGAUAGAUUGAAUCUACGAAGAAUUCUUUCAAAA